CCUUGGUUCUUGAAAUGUUUACGUCUGAUGUAAUGAAAAUUUUGAAGUUCUGUUACUUACAUUUGAUUCAAGUAUUUCUAUAUAGAGAGAAUGGUGUUCUCUUGAAUUCUCUUGCAUUGAUAAUUGGGGAAAAGGUUAAAACUGAUCUUGAUCUAGGUUGAUCCAAGACUGCAUUCAGAUUCAAUGGUUUUGUAGAGCCUAAACAUACACUUAAGUUAUUCUGUAAAUGGUGUUUUCAUAUCUGUUUCAGAUGCUACUGUUGUAUCCUACGUAUCACUUGGAAAAAAUAUUGCGGGAAAGGGCACGUUUUUAUGGGCCAACAGAGAGGUGUCAGCUCGUAGGUUGGUGAAAUGUAGUAUCUGCAGCCAACAUAAGCCACGAUAAUUCAGUAACUCUUAACCUGAUGUCACUACGACCAACCUUAGCACUAGAAGACAUGAACGCAGAAGGGUUGUCAUGGCUAGAACCUCUCAGAACAUGUCCUCUAAGAGACAUUUUCAUUGGACAAACAAGGUUGGAACUGAAGAUGGAGGUGAAGUUCCCACUUCAGAAUCAUUCUCAACACUCAUCCAAAAGGAGAAGAAAGAGGGUGAAAAUGUUGUUGCUGCCGAGGCUUCAUCAAUUGCUACUACAGCCACUUCACAUGCAACAAGGAGGAAGCUGAGAGCAGUGGCAAUCUCCAGGCUUCGUUUGGCUCUCACUGUGUUCGGCAAGAACCGGUUGAACACACCUUUCGGUCUUGGGUCUCGUGUGAUUGGCACACUCUUUGGAUAUAGACGUGGCCAUGUACAUUUUGCAUUUCAAAAAGACCCAACUUCCCAAGAAGCCUUUUUGAUCGAACUUGCAACACCGAUAAGUGGUUUGGUUCGGGAAAUGGCAUCUGGGUUGGUUAGAAUUGCUUUAGAAUGUAACAAACAGAAAGAAGCAGAGAAGAAAGGAUUAAGGUUGCUGGAAGAGCCUCUGUGGAGGACUUACUGCAAUGGCAAGAAAUGUGGUUUUGCUACUAGAAGAGAAUGUGGGCCAAAGGAAUGGGAUAUUCUCAAAGCUGUUGAACCAAUAUCAAUGGGUGCUGGUGUUAUACCAGGAAAUGAUAAUAGUGCAGAAGAAGCAGGACCAGAGGGUGAACUCAUGUACAUGAGGGCAAAGUUUGAGAGAGUUGUUGGGUCUAGAGAUUCUGAAGCUUUCUAUAUGAUGAAUCCUGAUAGCAAUGGUGUUCCUGAACUCAGCAUUUAUUUGCUUAGAGUUUAGCAGCCAUGCAAGUUAUGUUUAUUGUACUUAGUUUUUUUUCUUUUCUGGUUUUGUUCUUGUGGAUUUUGGAAUGGUGGGUUAUUGGUAUACUACUACUUGCUUAGAUCUUAAAUCAUGGAAAUGGAGAUCUAGUCCUCUCCAGGGGUUUUUCUUUGCUAUUUUCUUUUUCUUUUUAAGAGGUAUAAUUGAGUUCAAGAAAUGUAAUCUCAAAUUUGCAACAGUCCUUAGUAGCUGCACUCAGUGAUCUCAACCGUUGAUCAAGAUUGGAGAGGUAUAAUUUUGAGUUUUUAAUUUGUCAAAGUCACGGCGGAGACAGUAAGAAAUUCCAAAGGUAAGGAAUUCAAUUAUGUGGGUUUACUGUAGUUUUUGUUAGAAUAGGCAAGUAGGCCAAGUCAGAAAGAGGGGACAUAGUGGGGUAAACAAUAAUUUUUUAGCUUGUAGUGGUGAGGUGGGUCAUGGAAGGUGUAUAUGUGUAAUUUUUUAAUGAUGAUUAGGGAGGGAGGUUAAUGCAAAUCAUGAUUGUCUACCCAUUUUUUUUUGGUUGAUGAAGCUGAAGUAGUUCACCAUCAAUCCAUCACGCAGUUGUAUUCAAUUCAAAACAUGAAUUGCCUUCAUUGCUCUUUA